CUGCAAGCCUGAGAGCAAAGCAGAGAACACUUUGUGGGAAUGCCCCUUGCAGGGACUCCUGCUCCUGUUAAAAGGAAAAAGUCCACUAAACUCAUUGGGAAGCUGACACACGAAGACAUGCCACAAGAGGUAUCCAAGCUGAACCUGGGGAAGAAGAUCAGCAUCCCCAGAGAUGUGAUGCUAGAAGAGCUUUCUCUCCUCACUAACAAAGGAUCCAAGAUGUUCAAAUUACGACAGCUGAGGGUGGAGAAGUUCAUUUAUGAGAAUAACCCUGAUGCCUUUACCGACAAUUCUGUGGAUCACUUUCAGAAGUUUAUCCCACCGGGCGGGCAUUAUGGGGAAGAUGCUGAUGGCUAUGCCCACGGGCGGAUGGUAGGAGGAGUGACGGCAGGGCAGCAUGGCUCUGAUGGAAAGUCAGGAGGCAAAAAAGUCGCUAUAUUUAAAACUUACAUCUCCCCCUGGGAACGAGCAAUGGGUAUUAGCCCUGAGGAUAAAAGUCAGUUGACCAUUGACUUACUGUCCUACAGUCCCAAAGCUGAUUUCCCCCAUUACAAAUCUUUUAACAGGACUGCCAUGCCUUACGGGGGUUAUGAGAAAGCAGCCAAACGGAUGACUUUCAAGGUGCCUCAGUUUGAUAUUUGCCCUCUGCUUCCGGAAUCUAUCAUGUUAUAUAAUCAAAAUUUCAGAAACAGACCCUCCUUCAACAGAACCCCAAUACCUUGGAUGCCUUCAGGAGAGUCCUCUGAGUAUCAUACUGAGGUCAAUGUGCCGAGAAGUGGUGAAACAGAAGAGCUGUAAAUCCCUGCCCCCAAAGUCUUUCUGUUUUUUCUUUUCAGCCCUUUCUAUUUGCAAGUUGAUAGUAAGGAGGUGAAAAGUGCAAAUCUAGUCCUGUGAGUCCUUCGUUUCUUUUGCCCUUAACCCUGACAAGCUCCUGGUAGCUUCUAAACUUAAUCUUUGCUGUGAUGUUAAUCUGUAUCAGAAACAGUUUGAGGGAAAGGAGCUUUU